AUGCAGACGGAGGCACACGAAUCAGUAGCCAACGUGAACCCCAUGGAUGAGGAGGAACCUGUUGCAUCACCGCCACCUCUUUCAUACCGACUUGUUUCCGGGAUACCUCACGCUCGGAAGACUGCAAACGAAUCUAUCCCAGUAUGUGGUGGAGUCAAGAAGAAGCCCCAUACCCAGCUUCCUAGGCUGCAUAGGAUCGCAAGAAACCUUGGCCAGUAUGAUCCUUUUCCUAAUGAGCUGGUGCAGAACAACCCACCCGGAGUUAGCCAUGAUGUCCUACAGAGAAGGACUGACGACCCUACAUAG